AUGGAACCCGAAAUGCGUCGUAGGAGCUCCGCCGCCCCCCGCGGCCCUCUGCAACACCGCCGCCCGCUUUCUUCUGUCGCCGGCGAGUUGACGCCUCGCCACCAUAUCCCUCCGGCGAUUGAGGACGACGGCGGCGGGGACACCUUUGCCCAGCUUGCCAGGCCAGCGAGCUGGUUCCUCGACCUCGUCGCCGCCAUGGUCAACGUCGUUGCCGUAGCCAUGGUUUCCCUCUCCUCUACGUUCUCCUCUCUCUUUGCCGGAUCCGACGGCUCUGCAAGAGACCCUCCGCAGGGUAGUGGCCGCCCCCCGCUGCGGAGGCUCGCCUUCGGCAUGCUGGGCACCGUCUACGUUUGCCUCCUCCUCGUCGCCAUCUUCGUUCUGGCAGUGGGAAUUGGCGUGGGACUGGUCUCGCUGUGGUUGGAGGAGCCCGUAAUGCUGAGCCAACCCCUGCAUUUUGACUACACCGAUGCCCACCCAAGCGGGGUGGUAUCUCUCUCUUACGCUCCUGCAUCCGGCGCUGCCCCGAAGAAGAGGCCGAUACCGUUGGGUCACACCUUCCGGGUGUCACUCGUUCUCGUGCUGCCGGAGUCGACUUUCAACCUUCGUCUUGGCGUGUUCCAGGUACGGCUUCCAUUUUCCUCCCGACCCAUAUGAGGGUAGAUUUUAUCUUCUGCUUCACAAGCAAGGUGAUAAAGAUUGUGGUCAUGGCGAGGUAACGCGACGAGCCUAUAACAGAAGACAAUAGGAGACAUAGGUUUCGAGAUCCGUCAGGUUAAAACCCCGGAUAUGGUGAGAGCGGACCAGACGCUUGAUUCCCAAGCCGACUAAAACUCAAAUCUUUUACGACUCAAGUCAGCUCUGUGACGCCACUACUUGACCGGAUUGCAGAAUCUAAGGAGAUAUUGACUUGAGUUCAUUACGUGAACUAGGCCAUCUAUGUCGGGCCAUAACACCAUACGCAUCACUCGGUACGCAAAAAUCAUAUAUCGGGGUUAUGGUUAGCUGUACUAAUGCUAUUAAUGGGCUUACGGAUUCCCUUUACUGGCGGGAAUCCUAAUGUGGGUUUUUGUUGGAUUGGUGACUAAACUAUAUAAACAGUUCGUGGCCCACCAUUUAGGUCAAAUGCAGCUGCCAAAGACGAGAGGAGAAACCGGACGAAAGUCUGCAUAUUGCAUAUUCUCCUUAAAAUGUUUCAAGUGUUGUUCGUGAAGAUCACGGUUGCUGCUGAAUCAUGCACGACAAUAGAAAAAAUGUCUAUUCUUACUUGAACUUCGACAUUUUUUUUCCUAGAUGCGUAGAUGGUUAAAAGAAUACAUGUUCUUAGAACUGUAUGAUAGUUAGGUUAUUUUACUUGCAGUUUAAUACAUUAACAUAGUACUCACAUAGUUGGAUAUAAAAAAAAAAUCUCAACUUUUCCCAGAAAUAAAUCGAAUAUUUUUAUGAUCAUCAGGAAUAUGAUACUACCAAAGGGCAGCCAUGAUGAUGGACGUUUUCUCUGUAGUAUGUGACGAGGGAUGGCCUUCUACUUCCAUCUUGUACGAUAUACAACAUAUUUUGACUGGUAGGAAAUAACUUUUUGAGAAAGAAAUUAUGGGGACGUUUUAGGUAAACAAGAAUUUCAAAUUUAUGAGAACAUAAAUACUCACAACUGGUUUGAUUAUUUAACAACUUCAACUAGGGAAAUAUUUUCCGUUAAGGUCGUAGUGGAAGCGACGAAUGCUGAUGUUUCUAUUCCCUCGUAUGAUGGUUCCAAAGUCCACCUUCUUUAUUAACAAUUUUGUUUGCGCUGAGGGAGAUUAAUAUCACAAGUACUACGAUUUUUCUGAUCAUUAAUUUCGAUUGAAAAAUUACAACACAGCUAUGAGUGCAGGUGGCGAGCAUCAACAGAUGUGAGAUAGUUACUUCAGUCUAAUUUAAUUUGAUAUUCUCACAACCUUGUGUGCGUUAUGGAAAAAAUUUCUAUCAUGUUGGAGCUAUGAUGUUAGGCUUUGAUCGCGGCAGGUGAUUAAACAGUCUCAUCACUUGAUAGAAGUAGAAAGCUUCUGUUGCGUCUACACUGAUUAACAUCACAUUUAAUCUUGUCAAGGUUGCUGCCGAGAUUAUCUCGCCCGAUGGAGACGUGCUGGCAAGUUCCACCCAGCCGUGCAUGCUUCGGUUUAGAAGCCUUCCUGUUCGCAUAAUGAGGACACUUCUGAUGGGAAUGCCGCACGUCUUGGGUAUAUCAUGUGAAACACAGAAGAUCAUCUUGGGGAUCGUGGAGUACAAGGAAAAGAAUCCUAGAACAGAGGCAAUCAAAGUCAGACUGAAACCGAGGUCCGGAACCUAUGAUAUCCCUCAACUGUACUCAUCGGAGAUCCUUCUCAACUCUCGACUACCAUGGGGAAAAAAUCUAGCCUACAACUGGAAGUGGACAUUCUAUGUUUGGGUUUCACUGUACGUGUACAUCAUCCUCCUCACUGCUCUUCUUUGCUGUUGUAAGCCUUUCAUUUUUCCAAGGCGGCUGAGCGACCAGGGCAGCGCACCGAUUGUAGCGGAAAAAGAUCUAAGGAGCUACAGAGAAGAUGGGGAGUUGUCCGAUGAGUCAUCUGCUGAUGUGAAGAGAAGAGCUGAUAGACUCCGUCGCAAGGGGAAGGUCCCUAUCAUGCCCAGGCGUUCACCAAUCCCUCCGGAGUGUUCAUCAUCUAACGUUGGAGGAUGCGAGACGUUCGAGGUUAUGGAGGAUGACGAUCCUGGGGAGAGUUCAGAGUCUUCAGUCGGCCCCCGCGGUUGA